AUGGGGAGUGUGCGAAGCCACCGCUACAGCAUUGUGUCCUCUGAGGAAGACGGCAUGAAGCUGGCCGCCAUUGCCGUCCCGAAUGGCUACGGAAACGGCAAUGUCAACAAGGUGCACACAGAGCACCAACAUCAGAGCCGCUUCGUCAGGAAGGAUGGUCACUGCAAUGUGCAGUUUAUCAAUAUGAGUGAGAAAGGCCAGCGGUACCUGGCAGAUAUCUUCACCACCUGUGUGGACAUUCGCUGGCGCUGGAUGCUGCUCAUAUUCUGCCUUUCUUUCCUGCUGUCGUGGCUGUUUUUUGGCUUUGUCUUCUGGGUGGUCGCCCUCUCUUACGGGGACUUAGAGAAUGAGACUCAGAUUUGUGUUUCCAAUGUGGACAGCUUCACGGCUGCCUUCUUGUUCUCAGUGGAGACCCAAACCACAAUUGGCUAUGGUUAUCGCUAUGUGACAGAGGAGUGCCCCGUUGCCGUCUUCAUGGUCGUCUUCCAGAGCAUUUUGGGCUGCAUCAUUGAUGCUUUCAUCAUUGGUGCUGUCAUGGCCAAGAUGGCCAAGCCCAAAAAGAGGAAUGAGACCCUGGUGUUCAGCCACUAUGCUACAGUGGCCAUGAGGGAUGGCAAACUGUGCCUGAUGUGGCGCGUGGGGAACCUGAGGAAGAGUCACCUGGUGGAGGCUCACGUCAGGGCUCAGCUCCUUAAGUCCCGCACCACAGCCGAGGGAGAGUUCAUCCCUCUGGAUCAGGUCGACAUCGACGUGGGCUUCGAUAGUGGCAUCGACAGAAUCUUCCUUGUGUCUCCAAUUACCAUUGUGCAUGAGAUCGACGAGGACAGCCCAUUCUACGAGAUGAGCAAACAGGAGUUGGAGACGGCAGAGUUUGAGAUCGUAGUGAUUCUGGAGGGCAUGGUCGAGGCUACCGCCAUGACCACGCAGUGUCGGAGCUCUUAUGUGGCCAGCGAGAUUCUGUGGGGCCACCGCUUUGAGCCGGUGCUCUUUGAGGAAAAGAACUUCUACAAGGUGGACUACUCUCGCUUUGACAACACCUACGAGGUGCCCAGCACGCCCCACUGUAGUGCUCGGGAACUCGCUGAGAGGAAGUCCAACGCCUCCAGCUCGAGGAACUCCUUUUGUUACGAGAACGAGGUGGCUCUCGAAAAAGUCGAGAUGGAGGAGGAGUUUGACGAGGAGGAUGAUAACAGGCAGAUGAGUGGUGUUGAGGUGUAAUUGCGACACAUUCAUGCUUGGAUAGCAUCAGUGGAAGCCAGA